AUGGGAUCGGAUCGCCCCUUGGAUGAGGCCGAAAAUGGUAAAAGGAUCUCAAAGAAGAAGAAAACCUCAGCAAAUACCAUCACUACUACCACCUUACCACCUUUCCAAGCAAACACAUCCUUUACCAUGCAAUUAUUCACAAUCCAACAACACCUGAAUUCAAAGCACCAGAUUCAUCAAACUCAAGCACCAGUCUCAAAGCGUAGCACAAAGACACCCACCAAGCGAUCCACAAAUCGCGUCAUAACAUUAACUUCAUCCAUGAGCCACUGUAUUCGCAACCUAUCAUCAGUGAAGAAAGUAUUUGGCUGCAAAGGAAGCAAAAAGACAGUCGCAUCCUCAAUUGCCCCCUCGCCUUACUCUUUCUCUGGAAACUCCUGCAUUCCUGGUGUGCCUUGUGAAAGCGAAUACUCCCCAUCAUCUCGUCGUUUAUCAGACCGGUCAAUGGCCUUGGACUCACUUAUAUUUGAUCACCCUUCGGUUACUAUUUGCCUUCGCCCAGCAGCCUAUCGCUCAACCUAG